ACUGAUGCACGUGGGGAGAGAAGGCUGGCCCGUGUGAUUCAAUCCAGCAGACGAGCUACUGUUGCUCAAAUUGCUGAAGAAGUUAAUGCUGGUUCUGAUAGAAAGGUGAUAGAAUAGAUUACUGAUAGAAUACAUAGACAGGUCAGGGCUGUUUUGGCAGGAAAAGGGGGACCAACACAAUAUUAGGCAGGUGGUCAUAAUGUUAUGCCUGAUCAGUGUAUAACAUGACUAUAUAAGCCAGUGUCAAGUCAAGUCAAGUCAAGAAGCCUUUAUUUCAACCAUAUAUAGUUGACGCAGUACACAGUGAAUUUAGACUAUGUUUCUCCAGGACCCUAAUGAUAUGUAAAACAACAGAGAGCUACAAAACACAUACAUACACACAUCUGUAUAGCAUACCAAAACUAGUGCAAACCAGAACUAGACUGGCACAUGCAGAGUGAAAUAUCAGGAAGGUGAAUAAGCUGAAUAAGACAGUAGUGUGGACACGGCCGAUGGAAGGCAGACGGGCCAGGCCUGGCGGUACUCCUCACAUCCCACACAGAUGACACACAAGCUGCGUCACCGAAAGCUAAACUGUGAACAGAGCCGCUCCAUUGUACUAGUCACCCACCACUUUAUUCUGGUUUAGUCCCUCGCCAACAAUUUAUUCACACAUCACAAACGUCUACAGUUAACAGUCUUGUAUUCAUCUCACUGAUUAUUUAUGGAGCUCAUGCGACACUGAGAAUAAAGAACCAUUUUACAGUGCAGAUGAGAAGGACACUGGUGAUAUCAAUAGUCUGUUCAUCACAGGCAAAGUAGGGAUAAAUAUAUUAAAUUCAAUUUUAUGCCAUUGAUAUGGAGCUUCGAGAAAGGACGCAGACUUCUCAGGACAUUCAUUAUUGUAAAUUCAAUCUGAGUCAAAAUUAUUCUACAAUUAGAUAAUGAGUAUUCCAUGUGUGUGGACCAUGUUUAUGCUCCAUAAAGACCGGUGGGGAUAUCUAUCAUUUACACACACACACACACACACACACACACACACAGAUUUAGUGGUGUGUAUUGAUGAAUUCUGAAUUCUGGAGGUUCCCAUCCUUUUGUGCCCCAUGUAGGUAUUAGGAAUUGGCUUCAAAUGGACAUUAUGAGGAGAGGGUACAGUGGCUUAGUGGUUAGCAUGUUUGACAGACACAUCCAAGGUUGUGGGUUUCCUACCUCUGCUGUGUGUGUGGAGCUCUCCCUGUUCUCAGGGGUUUCCUCUGUGUACUCCUACUGUUCUUUCUUCCCCAGUCCAGUGACGUGUUGUAGGCUGAUUGGCAUGCCUAAAUUAUCCAUAAUGUUUAUGUGUGAUUGUGCCCUGUGAUAGAUUGGCAUCCUGUCUAGUGUGUACACUGCCUUGUGUCUUCUAGGAUAGGGUCCAGGUUUCCCUGAAGCCCUGACCACUGAGAGAAUAUCUCCCAAAUAAGACAAUCUCAGAUAGGAUCUUAGCUAAUCUGUUGAUUUCUCUUUAAAAACAGUGUAAGGAUGGACACAGGCACAACAUGUGUAUAAAAAUGAGAGAAUGAGGAGGCGCUUUUUCCCACAGGCCAUUUGGGCCCUCAACCAGGACAACACCUAGAACUAGAGCUUGGACAUUUCUGGACUUUUCUGCAUAGCAGCCAAUACCUCAACCAGAUAUAUAAUUGUAUAUUUAGGAUAAUCUAGCUUUAAUGCAAUAGGAACAAUACAAAAAACUGAAUAAAGUGAGUGACACAACACAAUUGUGUACAUGUUUGUUUUCUUGACUUCUGUUGUUCCACUGAAUCACUUGAUGUUGUUGAGGAACUAGUGGAGUCAGAUGGCUGGAGGGAGAAAUUUGUUCCUUUUUAUUGUUGAGCUAUGCUGGUGUCAGGACAGUGAUAAAGGCUAAACUAACACAUGCAGUCAUCUUUAAAUGUGCCGUGUCUGAAUGUGACUCCCCAAAAUAUUUCAAAACAUUACUUCUGGCUUCAUAGUUAGAACAAUAUGUUAAUUUGUAAGAUAAAUGAAUAAAUAAGUGAAACAGAAGAAGUGGUGAGUUUCUGUCAUGACUUUAUUUGUAAUCUCUUAUUGAUAGCAGUCCCUAGUUGGAAAACCCUUUAGGUUACUGUUAUUAGUACAAUAAUAAUAAUAAAUCUGACAAAUAUUGCACUUUUACUAUUUUUACUAUUUCAGAGCUUCCUUAAGAAAAAUCCAGUAUUUGCUUAAAAAUGAGUUGGACCAAGUGAGCAGGUAAUGAGGGGUGUGAUUGCUGAAUGAUGUCACUGAGGGUGGUCAUGGAAAAGCUCAGGUAAGCCCACUGUGUCUCUCCUCGCACCUGAAACCCUCAGAGAAGACCAGCUAUGGAACCUGCCAAGCCUCAUCCACAGUUCUCUGACAUGUACUCUGAAGUCAUCGUCAGCUCAAGCGCAGAUGUUCAGGGUCCUCUUAAGAAAGAGACUUCGGGGCCUGAGAGCAGUGGGGAUGUGGCCAGUCGAGUUAGACUCCACCCGUCUCCAUCUCGCAGAAGACAUCGAACCACCUUCAGCCAUGAACAGCUGGAGCAGCUGGAGUUAGCUUUCAGGCACAACCAUUACCCUGACAUCUACUGCCGUGAGGAGCUGGCUCAACAAACUAAACUCAAUGAGGCCCGCAUCCAGGUUUGGUUCCAAAACCGUCGUGCCAAGCAGCGGAAACAGGAGCGUGCCACUCAGAAAUCUCUGCAAGGAGGUUUGAUGCCAGGACGUGGGGUUCUUCCAAGCAGUGCACGUGGUGGCAUGACAAGACAGUAUCAGUGCUCUCACUCCCUACCACACUUACCCAAAUUUUCCUCAGUACUGCCCUCUGCUGAUUUCUCCCCCCACACAGCUGCCAGCACUCAGCUGACCUGCCCUUCAGCUCCCACUGCUGCCCAGCCUGCCAGGCAGCAUGAGGACUGGUACUGCCAGCUGAGGCACAUUGGAGCGCCAGCCGCCAGCCUGCCCCACGCCUCGGUCUUUUCCCUGACCUCUAUGCCAGCACUGGAGCCAGCCGUCCACUGGAACUAAAGUAGGCUGAAAGAGCGAAAUCUAAAACCUCCCACUUUUUGACAUUUGUUAUUUUGCUUUUUAGUUUAUUCAACCCACAUACUGAUAUAACUGAUAACCAAAUAGUUUAACAGUAAUGCUUGUGUGUUUUUUGUGUGUUGUUCCUGUCUGUACAUUUCUCUCCUUUUUCUAUAUGAAUAUCAGGAAAAAAAAAAAGAGAGAAAAUAUUUUCACACAUUUUUUUUAUUACAGUUCCAAAACAGAUGUUGUCUUGAAGAUAAUAUACUUUUCUAAAACAAAAAAAAAUAAUAAUUAAUUCACACUUCAUUCAUAGACCCACAAGCAUCAAAACUGUGAAAAUAGAAAUCAGUCUCGUUUACAUUCGAAAUAGUCUGAUUGACCUAGAGUUCUGUUCACUUUAUAGGAAAUCCUCUUACCACCUGAACAUGGGUUAUGAAGCAAUGCUACAUUUCAUUGGAUAGUAUAUAUUGAUAGUAUAUACAUUAAUAACUACACAUUUGUUUCAGAAAUUUAGAUAGAAAUAAAUUAGCCUUCGCAUAUG